UGCAUUUGUAUGUUCAUGUAAACUCUGUGACAAUGUCCCCCGACACCCUCGAAAGUGCAAAAACUGUUGACUCACAGUUGACCGUGCUCUCAGAAGAGGUGGGGUUUGUGGGGCCUUGCAGGAACGCUGAAAACCGAUUCGCAAACGUUAAGCACGCAAGGAUCUUUGAUGACGCCAUGGCAAGGUAGUGAAGACUGUGACCAAGCUGGAUGGCAACACGGGCCCUCUGCUUGCGUUGAUCCCUUGUGGCAUUUUUUGCGAAUGGACUCAUCAAAAGAAAAUAUCAAACGCCGAACGCCUCUAUGGCUUGACAGGGUUGCUCCCAAUAAUUCUAGCUUGUUCAGCGGUAUGUUUCCUUUGGUGUAGCUAUGCUUUUCUUUUUGGUGACCCUAGUGGCCAGGCAUACUAUGGCAGCUCAGGAAGGCCAAGACAUAAGAGCAACGGCCAUCGUUCUGUGGCCAUGGCUCGGCACAGAAGGAAGAGAGCUUUGGAUGAGGAGUGCGGCUUCUUCAGUACUGGGCUCACUUUGCAAGAGCCGCACUCUUUGACCAUUCGGGCUUGGUUAGCUUUUCAGAUUCUAGCGCUUCUUUUGCAAGGUCACUUUUGGCAGGAGGUGCGAGGAAACAUCAGCCUUUAUGAGGAGACAUUGAGGACCAACUGCGCGCCAGAACGGUCGAAGCACGGGGUGUGCAUGGGGCCACUGUGGAACGUGUCAGCAUGGGAAGAAUUUGUGCUGCAGGGGAGAUCCAGUUCAUGGCAUAGUGAGCUGAAGCCAAGGCCAUACAGAUUGGAAUCUUUCUCCCGAUAUUUAGAUUCAGUUGAAGCGAUUGAUGCGGAGAUUGCACACUUGCAGCAGGAGACUGCUGCACGAAUAAAGGAGCUUCGAGACAAACGUGCUGAACUCGAAGUCACUCAAGGGUUGAUUCCGUUGGGAAAUGGCACCGUCAGAGCUGGAAGUGGCAUAAGCCGCAGCUUCAAUUCAACCUAUAUUUUUCAGUUUGAUACCCACUUUGCUCCAGUGAUAUUCUUGCUGUCAGUGGAGCCCAUUCAACGACCCGGAGAAAGCACAAAAGUUUCAGGGGAUGAAGAUCAUGAGAACGUCAUCAAUGAGAAUGGACAUUGGUCCUUGGAAGUGAAAAGAUUGGAGCCACCGCCCGCGGGCGACCAACACUUUCAACGUGCUGGAUCUGGAUCCAAGGUCUUGACUAUAGAGGAUAUGUCCCGAGAGGCCCUAAAUUCAGUGCAGAAACAAGGAUAUGUUCGCUGGGAGGCCAUCAUUCGGAAUUCUGCCUUUUCCUCGCGGAUGUCUCGCGGGUCGCAGCGGUUUAUGGUUUUUGUGGAGGACUUUCAAUCACCUCAUUUGGGCCAAAUACUUCCGUCAAGCUCGUGCUCUCUGACAGCAGCCUGGAGGGCCUUCAACAAACAGCACCAAGGGCAUCAUCAUCGUGCUCUUGCAUGGUGCAGAGAUUUGUUGGGAUGGCUUCUGCCUUUGGGUGCCUUAGCUACAUGGGCUGUGUAUUCCACAAGUGUUGCUCAAACGGAGAAGACAGAGGACCUGGAGCUAAACUUUGAGGCGCAGGAGGAGGAGAAGGAUGUUGAAAGAAAUGGCCAGCGCGGCUACUUCCAAAGUGUCAUUCUGAUCAAGUUGCUUGUCAUGGACAUACCGCAGCAGAUUUGCAUCGUGCUCUACCUGCUGGGCUGGUACGAGGCUGAUGGUUUGCGAUGCCAGCUUUGCCUGUUCCAUCCUCAACACUGUGAAGCUGAACAUCCCUUCAGAUUUGUCAAUUCAGCGGCUUUCCUUUGCACGUUAUUGUCCUCUGUCUCGAACCAAGUGGUCUUGGGGCCUAGCAAGACAAGCAAGAAGGGCACUGAAGCUGCAGAGGGCGAAGUGUGCACCAUGUGGACCAUACGGAUCGGAUUAAUUUGUGUUUCAAUACUGCCCUUCAGCACGGGGGUGUGCUUAGCAACAUCUUCUUUGCUGUCUUUGCCGACCCUUACCAGGAUGUGCUUCUUUUUGCCAUGCGUCGUCGGUUGGUUCUCUGUUCUAGUCUGUUCGCUCUCUUGCUUGGUGGCGUGCGGAGGGACGAUGUAAAGAGGAGAUGAAGCUUCCCAAGCUCAUGAAGCUUUUAAGCUUCUCAAGCCUGCACGUGCAAAAGGCCACAACCUGCAAUCUGCUAAUUCACCGGAACGGACAUGAUUAGGACGAACUUUCAUUCACUUUGCACCUUGGUUCGCUCGGCCGGUGCCACUGCAGACCCAAGCCAUAACAUGUACAGCUGCCUAGUGGCC